CUAUGGGAGAGUCAGUCAUAAGUACAUAUUUUUCUUUCCAUAUCUGUAAAGUGAAAUUUUAAAAUGAUUGUUACUUAACUGUUGUUUCCUAAUUAAUGGUCAUAAACUGUAAAUUCAAAUAAUUAAAUAGUUGUGUAAAUUGAAUUUAAGUUGGUGAAUUUUUGAGUGUUUAUUUUCUUUAAUUAAAUUUCAUUUGUAAAGUAGACAAGUUAAAACCAUGAAUGAGUCCAUAAACAUGUCCGAUGGGCAUGUCGGAUUGUCAGUGCAGUCAUUUACCAAUGUCACUGUAGUUAAAGAAGGCUGGCUUUAUAAAAGAGGGGAGCGUAUUAAGAACUGGAGACCAAGAUACUUUGUUUUGUUGGAUAAUGGCUCCUUAAUAGGUUUUAAAAACAAGCCUGAUAUAAACUCAUUGGGAGAUCCUCUUAAUAAUUUUACAGUAAAAGGUUGUCAAAUUAUGUCAACAGACAAACCCAAACCGUUUACGUUUAUUUUAAGAGGCUUACAGUGGACCACUGUUAUUGAAAGAAUGUUCCAUGUCGACUCUGAUAAAGAAAGAGAAGAAUGGAUGGCAGCUAUUAAAAUGGUUUCAGACAGAUUAUCCUCAGAAUGUGAGGAUGUAGAUAUGACUAGUUUGAAUCCUUUGGAAAUGGAAGGAAGCUCAACUGUUGAAGACUUAUGUGAGAAAUUUUCUCGACAGGGAACUUCAAGUUCAAAAUCUAGCGGCAAAAGAAAAGUUACAUUGGAAAAUUUUGAAUUCUUGAAGGUUUUGGGAAAGGGCACAUUUGGUAAAGUUAUUUUAUGUAGGGAGAAGGCCACUGGCCGAUUAUAUGCCAUGAAGAUAUUAAAAAAAGAAGUAAUUACUCAAAAAGACGAAGUUGCUCAUACUCUAACCGAAAGUCGCGUUUUGAGGUCUACGCGGCAUCCAUUUCUGAUAUCAUUGAAAUACUCAUUCCAAACAAAUGAUCGCUUAUGCUUCGUAAUGGAAUAUGUCAAUGGAGGCGAGCUGUUUUUCCAUCUUUCCAGAGAACGUGUAUUUUCUGAAGACCGCACUAGAUUUUAUGGAGCCGAAAUUAUAUCGGCACUGGCCUAUUUGCAUUCCCAAGGAAUUAUUUACAGAGAUCUUAAAUUGGAAAAUCUUCUGCUAGAUAAGGAUGGACACAUAAAAAUUGCAGAUUUCGGUCUUUGUAAAGAGGAUAUUACAUACGGUACCACAACGAAAACAUUUUGUGGAACACCCGAAUAUUUAGCACCCGAAGUUUUAGAAGACAAUGAUUAUGGCAGAGCAGUGGACUGGUGGGGCAUUGGAGUCGUCAUGUACGAAAUGAUGUGCGGUAGGCUGCCAUUUUAUAACCGUGAUCAUGAUGUUCUCUUUACUCUGAUAAUAAUGGAAGAUGUCAAGUUUCCUAAAACCUUAAGUGGCGAAGCCAAAGACCUGUUGUCAGGUCUUUUAAUAAAAGAUCCAACAAGGCGUUUAGGAGGUGGUCCAGACGACGCUAGAGAAAUAAUGGCUCAUCCCUUCUUCAGUUGUAUCAAUUGGAAAGAUUUGGAGCAAAAGAAGAUCCCACCUCCAUUUAAACCUCAGGUGACGAACGACACAGAUACUAGGUACUUCGACACUGAAUUUACUGGCGAAAGCGUCGAGCUAACACCUCCAGAUCAUGGACCACUUGGAGCUAUUCAGGAAGAGCCCUAUUUUCCACAAUUUAGUUAUCAAGAUCUGUCUUCUACUCUAGGUAGUUCAGCCCAUAUCAGCGGCAGCAUCAGUAGCGUUGCGACAAUGCAGUGACUUAAACUUAUCUUUUGAAGUUAAGCAGUGAAUGUACUUAGACGUGAUGUGGUGAAUGGUGAUCCUAGAAUGGUUGGUUAGAGAGGAAAACGUGCAGAUUGCCGAAAUACGAAUUGUGAUAUUUUACACGUACUGUAUUUUUUUGGUUAUUUUGUAGGUGUUGCCAUUUAUAUUAUUAUUGUCAAAACUUGUAGUGUUAUAAGUUGUAUUUAUAACUGCAUAACUGUUUCUUGUUCCCUUCGCUGGCAGGUUUAGCAAGAUAUUGUUAUAAUUUAAAAAAAAAUAAUCUUUUGGCAUGAUUAUUAUUCAUUAUUAUUAAUCGGUACAAUACGUUCUUUGCUAGAAAAUUUAAUACUGUUUUGUACAUAUAACAGCAAUAAGUGCAAGAUUCUUAAUUCAAUUUGAUAUUGUGUACAAAAACGCAUAUUUAUAUGCUCCAACUAAGAAAUAAACUAAAUUGAGUUAGAAGAUA